AUGUCCGACAAGCUUACACGUAUUGCCAUUGUCAGCAAUGACAAGUGCAAGCCAAAAAAAUGCCGUCAAGAAUGCAAAAAGUCCUGCCCAGUCGUACGGACCGGCAAGCUCUGUAUCGAAGUUGCUCCCGAGUCAAAAAUUGCUUUCAUCUCGGAACGUCUAUGCAUAGGAUGUGGUAUCUGUGUCAAGAAGUGCCCCUUCAGCGCCAUCAACAUCAUCAAUCUGCCUACGAACCUUGAAUCGCAAGUGACUCACCGCUACUCGGCGAAUAGCUUCAAGCUACAUCGGCUGCCUAUGCCACGACCAGGGCAGGUUUUAGGCUUGGUGGGAACCAACGGAAUUGGAAAGAGUACUGCGUUGAAGAUCCUCAGUGGCAAGUUGAAGCCCAAUCUGGGUCGAUACGAAGAUCCGCCAGACUGGGAAGAGAUCUUAAAAUACUUUCGAGGGUCUGAGCUUCAGAACUACUUUACCAAAGUACUGGAAGAUGACCUUAAGGCUGUUGUUAAGCCUCAGUAUGUCGAUCAACUGCCGAAAGCUGUCAAAGGUCCCGACAGGACAGUAGAGGCUUUGUUGAAAGCACGUAACCAAAUGGACAACAUUCAGGAGAUUAUGGACGUUCUGGAAUUGAACCAAGUGAGCGAUCGAGACAUCAAUCUCCUGUCUGGUGGAGAGCUUCAACGGUUCGCAAUAGGAGUUGUUUGCGUCCAGCAAGCCGAUGUUUACAUGUUCGAUGAGCCAUCCUCUUAUCUCGAUGUUAAACAGCGUCUUAGCGCCGCUAGGACCAUUCGCAAGCUGCUACGUCCAGAUGACUACGUGAUUGUCGUGGAGCACGACCUGUCUGUUCUCGACUAUCUCUCCGACUUUAUCUGCGUUCUCUAUGGCAAGCCUGCUGUUUACGGUGUCGUCACACUGCCUGCGUCGGUCAGAGAAGGGAUCAAUAUCUUCCUGGACGGCAACAUUCCUACUGAGAAUUUACGUUUCCGCGAGGAGGCUCUCACCUUCCGUAUUGCCGAAGUUGGAGACGAGUAUCUGGCCGACAAAGCCAUGAGCUAUAGCUACCCAUCUAUGGAAAAGACCCUCGGCGGUUUCCACCUAAGCAUCGACGCCGGCAAGUUCACCGACUCGGAGAUCAUAGUCAUGAUGGGAGAAAACGGCACAGGAAAAACGACCUUCUGCAGAAUGCUCGCCGGCGCCGAGAAGCCUGACGGUAGAAAUUCCGUACCACCAAUGAACAUAUCUAUGAAGCCACAAAAGAUCACCCCCAAGUUCACAGGCACAGUCCGCCAGCUCUUUUUUAAGAAGAUCAAAGCCUCUUUCUUAAACCCUCAAUUUCAGACAGACGUCUACAAACCCCUCAAACUCGACGAUUUCAUCGACCAAGAAGUACAAAACCUCUCUGGGGGUGAGUUGCAACGUGUCGCCAUCGUACUUGCUCUCGGCAUGCCAGCCGACAUCUACCUCAUCGACGAACCAAGCGCCUACCUCGACUCGGAACAGCGUAUCAUCGCUGCUCGCGUCAUCAAGCGCUUCAUCAUGCACGCGAAGAAAACUGCUUUUGUUGUUGAGCACGAUUUCAUCAUGGCAACCUACCUCGCGGACCGAGUCAUCGUCUUCGACGGCCAACCUUCCGUCGACGCAAGAGCCAAUACCCCAGAAAGCCUAUUGACUGGCUGCAACAAGUUCCUAAAGAACCUAGACGUAACCUUCCGCCGAGACCCGAACAGCUUCCGGCCGCGAAUCAACAAGUAUAACAGCCAAUUGGACCAGGAGCAGAAGCUGAGCGGCAAGUUCUUCUUCCUGGAAAACGAGAGUUGA